UGAAUGUCAGUACAGCGAUGAAAGUGUAAGUUCAUUGUUAACCGGCACUGCUUCGCCAGGGAUCGUUUCUGCAAUCGAAAUAUCGCUAUCAGAAGGCAAGGAUCAAGGACUGACUGUCAAAAGUCCACGUAAUCAGGUCCAGGUAAUCGUGAAAAUGUCAUCGGAAGAGCCACUAGUCGUCGAGGCUGUGCACCUCUACGAGAAAGAGAAUGCAACCGCCCAUCGAACUAUCAAUUACGAGCUCGUGCACUUGGAUCCUCCGACACCUGUCCUCCGAAGAGGUCAGGCUUUCAACGUCGCCCUAAGAUUCAACCGUGAAUAUGUGGACGAAACGGACAUAGUGCGAUUGCUGUUCAGUUUUGGCCCUAACCCUAACGUUCUAAAGGGCACCAGAGGGAUCAACACUGUUACGAACAGGGACAGUUACCUGACUGAUCUGGAGGCAUGGGGUGUACGCAUGGUCAGCGUCAGCGGCAUGGAUCUGUCUGUGGAGGUCAGAAGUCCCGUUGACAGCCCCAUAGGUCUGUGGCAACUGAACGUAGAGACCACCACCCUUGGCAGAAAGAAGCCCCCAAAUACCUACAACUACGAGAAAGAUAUUUAUCUGCUCUUCAAUCCGUGGCUGAAAGAGGACCUCGUGUUCAUGGAGGAUGAACAGCUUUUGGAUGAGUACGUUUUGAACGAUGUUGGUAAAGUGUGGGUCGGUCCAUGGGGAAGUUCUCGUGGCAGGGAGUGGGUGUUCGGUCAAUUCGAUGCCUGCGUGCUUCCAGCUUGUCAAUUGUUACUGGAAAGAUCUGGCAUUAAGGCUGUUUCCAGAGGAGACCCUGUCAAGAUGUGCCGAGCUAUUUCAAGAAUCAUAAAUUCGAACGACGACAAAGGCGUGAUCACGGGUCGCUGGGACGGAGAAUAUGGCGAUGGCACUGCGCCCGCAGCGUGGACCGGAAGCGUCCCGAUUCUGGAGCAAUUUUUGGAAACUGGCGAAUCGGUCAAGUAUGGUCAAUGCUGGGUGUUCGCCGGCGCCGUGACCACCGUGUGUCGAGCCCUUGGGAUACCAUCCAGGGUGGUUUCGAAUUUAGUGUCGGCCCACGACGCGAACGCCUCCUUGUCGGUCGAUCGUUAUUACGACAAAGACAACGAGGAGCUCGAGUACGAUCCUAACAACCUCGAAGGCGAGGAUUCCAUUUGGAAUUAUCACGUUUGGAACGACGUUUGGAUGGCCAGGCCAGACUUGCCAAAGGGUUACGGUGGCUGGCAGGCGAUCGACUCGACCCCCCAAGAACCAUCGGAGGGAUUUUAUCAAUGCGGGCCAGCUUCGGUGGAAGCUGUCAGACAGGGUGCUGUUGGCUACAACUAUGACGUGACGUUCAUGGUGGCAUCCGUGAACGCUGACAUUAUGAGAUGGAAAGAAGACCCGGAGAGUGAGCUGGGUUACUCGAAGAUUGACUGUAAUAAAUACCACAUUGGUCGCAUGAUCCUGACGAAAGCACCUUGGAUCUUCGAUCCCAAUGGCGACAGAGACAGGGAAGACAUAACGUCGCUGUACAAGGCGAAGGAAGGAAGCGAAGUUGAACGAUUAACGCUGUACAGAGCCGUGCGUAGCACCGAGGUGGCGAAAAGGUUCUACUCUCUACCAUCACCGGGAAAAGAGGACGUCGAAUUCGAUCUCGAAGACCUCGAACGCGUGAACAUCGGCCAACCGUUCGCAGUGACAGUGCACAUUAAGAACAAAUCGAACCAACCACGAACCAUCCAAGCCAUCCUAUCGGCUGGUAGCGUCUACUAUAACGGAGUCAAGGCUAAUCUGGUGAAAAGAGCGGCUGGCGACUUUGUCCUUCAACCAAACGCCACCGAACAGUUGAGGCUGACAGUCACAGUGGACGAUUAUUUAGACAAGCUGGUGGAGUAUUGCAUUAUGAAACUGUACUGCAUCGCCACGGUCAAGGAAACUAGGCAGACAUGGGCCGACGAGGAUGACUUCCAGGUCUUAAAACCAAGCAUCAAGGUUAAGAUCGACGAUGAACUAAUUGUAGGAAAGCCUUCGACGAUCAGUCUCAGUUUCAAGAAUCCUUUGAAGAGGAGAUUGACAGAGUGCGUGUUCAAUUAUGCCGGACCUGGACUCUUAAAGAACAAAACACUAAUGUUCAGGGAUGUUGAUCCAGAAGAAGACGUCUAUGUGGAGCACCAGCUGGUCCCGCAGAAGUCUGGACCACAGAAGAUCAUCGCCACUUUCACCUCGAAGCAGUUGUUAGACAUAACAGGAUCGGCUGUCAUCGACGUCCUCGACGAGGACGAAUAAACCUGUUCGAAUCUUUACGAUACGAUCAUGUUUCCGAUCUCCUUUCGAUGCACAACGAUUGAACGAAUAUUGAAUACGUUCAUCGAGUCGUCACGAUUCACAGUUACAGAAGUAUUCGUUUCCGGUCGAUGACGAACACCGGAUUAUAGACAUCUUACUCGAUGAUACACUGUCUACGUCCACACGUGUUAGGAUUACGAAUGUUGUGCGUGUUUAGGUAAAGGUUGAGAUCAUACCUUGGAAAAGAGAUUAUGUAACCCUAGAGAACAGAAAGGACCUAAAAAUAACCGAGAACGUAGGUUCUUAUACAUUUGCACGUGAAAUGAAUGGCGAUGCUAUGCAAAGAAUGUUACGACUUCCAUCGUCCGUUAUUAUUGUGAUAGCUAUUAAACUUUAAACAGCCAUCUUCGAUUUUUAAUAUUUUCUAUAGAAUUUCAUAACUUUUCAUAACUUUUGAUAGAAGAUUAAUUGGAUUAAGUGUAAGUGUACAUCUAAUUAUAGUAUCAAUAUAAAUUGCUACAUUUGUUAACAUGUUAUGCGACGAGGCUAGUUUAUUUUUCUUUCGUAAACUGUAUACGUGUAACUGUAAUGCUUACUUAUCGCAAACUGUAUACCGUAACGCAUACUUUUCAUGAUUCUUUUAGACAUACGUACUAUGCAGUUUGACCAAAAAUUAUCGUUCGCAAGUUGUAGACGUUCAAAGUAAAAAGUUCCUCUUUUGCUUGGAUAGCGAAUAACUCGGUCAAUAAAAAUCAUACAACGAAAUCAAA